AUGAAUUUUAUAUUCGUGGCCAUUUUGGCUGUCAGUGCCUGCGUUGUAAAUGGACAAUCUUCAUGUCGGACGCCUAGCGGGGCAAAUGGCCAGUGUGUAUCGGUGUACAACUGUCAAGUUCUACUGGACCUGAUAAACAAGAAGGAUCGGACAACUCAGGACAUUGAGCUGCUGCAGAAGUCACAAUGCGGUUACAUUGGUUCUGCACCUGCUGUGUGCUGUCCGCCGAAGCCAUCUGGUACCUGCUAUACUCCGGAAGGCAUGGAGGGGCAAUGUAUUAGUCUGUACUCGUGCACACAUCUAGCGAACUUGUUAAAACCACCAGUGCCGAGUGAGAGUAUCGCCUAUGUGCAGAAAUCAAGGUGUGAAGGUCCAGAACAAUACAGUGUCUGCUGUGGCCCUCCUCCAAACCGGGACCCUACAAUGAUACCACCCGGUGGCUGCGAGUCCCAGAUGACCGCCUUCCCUCCAGACCCGAAGAGUGAAUGCUGCGGUGUUGACAGUCGAGUUGGAAAUAAAAUUGUUGGCGGUAACGCAACAACAGUAGACCAGUACCCAUGGUUGGUGAUAAUUGAGUACGUGAAGCAGGGCGUGACGAAACUGCUCUGUGGUGGAGCUCUCAUCAGUGGGCGCUACGUGUUGACAGCUGGUCACUGUGUCGCUGGUCAAGUUCUUAAUGUUGGCACACCACGACGAGUACGUUUAGGAGAAUACGACACCGGCCACGAAGGCAAGGACUGUGCGCCUGUAGAAGCUGGUGGCGAAGAUUGCACAGAUGGAGCCAUUAAAAUUAAUAUUGAGAAGAUCACCCCUCAUCCUCAAUACAACCCUGCUAGUGCCUUGAAGAGGAAUGAUAUCGCUUUAAUCAGGCUGGCAGAGGCAGCACCGUUCACAGACUUUAUCCGGCCGAUUUGUCUCCCGACCAAGGACAUGACAUUGCCUCAAAACCGUCCUAUUAACUUUACAUUAUUCGCGGCUGGUUGGGGAGCAGUUAGUACGAAACAGUCCUACAGCGCUGUCAAACUCCACGUCGACCUGCCUUUCGUUACCCCGGAGGAAUGCCAACCAGUAUACUCGAAACCCGGCCGCAGUAUCACACUAUGGCAAGCCCAGCUUUGUGCCGGCGGACAACCAGGCAAGGACUCCUGCAAAGGUGACUCCGGUGGCCCACUGAUGUACGAAAAUGGCCGCACAUACGAAGUCACAGGAGUCGUCAGUUUUGGACCACUACCCUGCGGCAUGGAUGGAGUUCCCGGCGUCUACAGUAAAGUUUACGAAUACCUCGACUGGAUUAGAAGCACAAUCGUCCCUUAG